AUGGACUCUUCAAAUCAACACUUAUAGAAUAGAUUAAAAUAAAAUAGAUAUUGCGAAUUUUUAAUAGUUAUACAGUACAGCCUGUGCAUACUUACAAAUAACAAACUCAAGUCCAUCAUGGAACGUGUAAAUCAAGUGGCUUUAGUUACUGGCGCAGCGUCUGGAAUCGGUUAUGCUUACACCAAGUACUUACUUCAAAAUAAUGUUAAGGUAGCGCUUUGUGACAUAAACAUCAAGCAAUGCCAAUCCGUUUCCAAUGAAUUUGCACAGAUAUAUGGCCGUGAUAAAGUUUUAGCGUUACAUUGUGACGUCACUAGCGAUGUGGUAUUCGAAAGCGCAUUUAAAUUGUGUAUAGAUCACUUUAAGAGAUUGGACAUAGUCGUCAACAAUGCGGGAAUAUUUAACGAAACGAUGGAAAAGUGGGAGUCUACAAUUAACGUUAACUAUGGAGGUGUGGUCCGGGGUACCAUGUUGGCGAUUAAGUAUAUGGGCAGGCCGUACGGUGGCAACGGAGGAACUGUUGUACAGACUGCGUCCAUAGCUGCUUUCAUGGGAAAUUUGACUAUAUGUCCAAUAUACAGAUCCACAAAACGGGCCGUCGUGGAAUUCACCAGAGCGAUCGGCGACAAGAAAACAUUCGAGCAUUUGAACGUCAGAAUUAUGGUGCUGUGUCCGGGAUACGUGCAAACGCCGUUCAUCGAGGGCGACAGGUCCAGUCUGUACUUGAUCAAAGAAUACGGUAAAAAAGCAAAAGAUACGAUGGCAACGUAUCCGGUGCAGAGCCCCGAAAGCGUAGCAAAAGGAUUAAUCGAAAUACUGAAACACGGCAUUACCGGCGACUGUUGGAUAGUGGAAAACGAUGCAAAACCGCGACCGGCUAACUUACCCGACAUACCGUACUGAUAAAAAAAAAUAGUUUGGUAAUAAAUAAUCAUAGAAUUUUUCAAAAAUGCAAUUUGAGUUUAUAUAAAACGGAUAUUAUUAGUUUUUCAAUUAUAAAACGGGAAGCGUGGACUCCCUAGUUAUUUAACAAUACUAUAUUACACUAUUAGGAAAUUGUUUGAAUCAGUUUUGUACAAAUUUGAUAUAACAUUUUAAGUACCCAUCGCUAAGUAAUCAUUAAAAUGAAUAAACCUUAGUCGCAGUUGGUAAAUAAGCCAGAAAUAUAUUUUGGCUACAACUCAUAACGUAAAAACUAGCAGUUAUUUAUAGAUCGACACUAGUAUUAAAACAGAUAUUGAGAUAUAAUAACGAUAGUUUGAUCGCUUGAUAUAUCUCCGGUGAAGUCAGAGCCAACCUAGAGAAGUAUUUUGCUAGUGACAGUUUUUAUUUAUUUUGUAUUUAUUAUUUGUCAUACGGGACUAGACCAAUUACAUAUUCAGAUUUUGCACACACAAGUAAAAGAAAAACAAGAAAAAAUAAUAAAAUUGACAAUAUUAUAAACACGUUUCGGUAUUCAACGGAUAAAAUAUGUAACUCGGAUUUAAAACCAGAAAAGUGUUAUAGUGAAAUC